AUGUCACGGUCACGAUCAGCCGAGCACGAUGCUCGCAACUCUGCGUUGAAGACGGCGCUUGGCACUACUGAGUUGGCUCGAGCAGCGUCUCAGCCCACCGCAACAACAGUGCCAUCACGAUGCAACGAGAUCGGACUCUCCUGGGAGGUGCAGGAUCUGGCUGACUCUCAUGGCGCCCGAAUUUAUUGGCUAGGAGCUCGGACGGCCCCCACAGUCCUGCUAUACUUCCACGGUAUUGCGCUCAGUCUUCUGCUUUGGCGUGGAGGAUUUGGCUUAGGGGCAUUCCCCGGUCACAUUGACUUUCUCGAUUCGUGCAUCAAGAAGACCGGCAACGAACUGGUUGUUGCCCUAUUAGAAUACGGUUUGAGUCCAACGCAUCGAUAUCCAGUUCAGUAUAAUCAGGCGAGUAAAGCUCUAAUCCAAGUCAUGACCAGUGGCUAUGAACCCAGCAGCAUACUGAUCGGUGGCGACUCGUGUGGUGGGAACAUGGCGCUCGCCAUACUUUCCAGCUUUUCUCAUUCAACGCCGUUGAUACAGAAAUUGGAAUUGAAGACACCCUUGAAGGGGGCGUUACUCAUAUGCCCUUGGGUGACCUUCUCGCCCGAUUGGGAGUCUUGCAGGUCCAGUGCCGACCAAGACAUCACCUCAGUCAGUGUGAAUCUUGAUUGGGCGAACGAGUAUAUCUCGUCUGAUGAUCACAACAACUACUCGGAACCUGUCCGCGCCGAAGUUAGCUGGUGGAAAGGCCUCGCCGUGGAUGACAUCCUUGUGCUCUGGGGAGAAAACGAACUGUCAAGGAACCCGGUGCAAAAGCUGUCUACCGCACUUAGUGAUGCCGGACUGAAUGUCACUGCUCGUGAGUGCGCCAAGCAGGUUCACAUUGACUGUGUGCUGGAUGCACAGACGGGGAUGUCCCACGGUGAGAUGACUGAACAUUCCUGGGAGUGGCUGAAGCAGAAGUCCAAAUGGAAUAGUGCAGGAUGGAGCUUCCAGCAGAAGUUGCACCAACUGGCCAUGGCCGCGAGUACAGCCAUGAUGGAAAAUGAAUCAGAUUCAUUGUCUAUGGGUGAGGAAGAAAGAAUUGCGGAUCAGGCUCUGUUUCAGGCUCUGCCUGAUUCCUGGUGA